AUGAGGCCUGUGUGUAGGAAUGGGGGACUUGGGAAGGAAAAGGACAACUCAUAUGUUCCUGAGGAUGAGCUUAAGGCGGCCGCUAAUGAUGAGGAGGAGCACCUACAGGAUGACGGCCUCUCAUUGGAUGGCCAGGAUGCAGAGUUUCUGUGCAACGAGGAAGAGGAAGACAUGGAUGGAGGCAGGCCACCUAGCUACAGGGACUCACCUCUCAGCAAUGGCACCAACCCUGAUGCAGGCUAUGGCUCUCCGCUCAGUGAUGCCAGCGACCGCCUCAUUGACUUCAAGAGCACCUGCUCCAGGGACGGUCAGGAAAGAGAGGGCACUUCUUUGCCCUUUCGUCCCAACAGCAGCCUUUCCCUCCAGGAUAGCCUGACACAGAUGAAAGCCGUCUAUGCAAACCUCAUCUCAGAUGCCUCUUGGUCCAGUAUCACAAUGGACAUCAUGAAAUCUAAGCCUGCUGCAGCUGGCAGUGUAAACAGUGUCCCCAAUACUGCUGCACCCACCUCCACUGCCUCUGCAUCCAUAACCACCACCAUAAACAAGAGCAGUGAGGACAGCACGGCAAACAGCCACUACAAUGGAAGGAACUCCAGCAGCAGCAUUGGGGGGAGUGGAAGUUGCAGCGCCAAUGGCAUGGCAGCCACUUCUCUUAGCAGCCACAGUGGAAACAGCAGCACCAGCGGAGGGGGAAGUAAUGGCAGUGGUGUGGCCUAUGACUGGCACCAGGCAGCGCUUGCCAAGACUCUCCAGCAGACCCCCUACCACCUGCUGCCAGAGCCUAGCCUCUUUAGCACAGUGCAGCUCUACCGGCAGAACAACAAGCUCUAUGGCUCAGUCUUCACUGGCGCCAGCAAAUUCCGCUGCAAAGACUGCAGUGCUGCCUACGACACACUGGUGGGACUGACAGUCCACAUGAAUGAAACGGGUCACUACCGGGAUGACAACAAGGACAAAGAGGAGGACCGGGGAAAGCGCUGGUCCAAGCCCCGCAAGCGCUCCUUGAUGGAGAUGGAGGGGAAAGAGGACGCUCAGAAGGUGCUGAAGUGCAUGUACUGUGGCCAUUCAUUCGAGUCUCUGCAGGAUCUCAGCGUCCACAUGAUCAAGACCAAGCAUUACCAGAAAGUGCCUCUCAAAGAACCAGUGCCAGCCCUGGCCACUAAAUUGGUGCCCACAUCUGCCAAAAAACGAGCUCUUCAGGAUGCCAUAGUCUCCCCGUGCUCCCCAGAUUCUGUCAGUGCUAGUAGUGGCGGUGGUGUUAAUUUAUCCCUUGGUGAUACUAGCAAAGAUUCAAAAGCCACAGCUAACCCCUAUGUUACCCCUAACAACCGCUAUGGCUACCAGAAUGGAGCCAGCUACACGUGGCAGUUUGAGGCCCGUAAAGCCCAGAUCCUCAAAUGCAUGGAAUGUGGGAGCUCCCAUGAUACACUGCAGCAGCUGACCGCUCACAUGAUGGUCACAGGUCACUUUUUGAAGGUCACAAACUCUGCCUCCAAAAAGGGGAAACAGCUGGUGUUUGACCCAGUGGUGGAAGAGAAGUUUCAGUCCAUCCCGCUGCCCCCAACCACUACCAGGCUCCCUGCUCCUAGCAGUGUUAAAUCCCAGCCGGUGUCCCCUGCUCUGUCUUCUGGCUCAGAAGAAAAGAAGGAAGGAGGUGAGGAAGAAAAGAUGGAACUCCCUGAGCAAGGAGAGAGAAAGAUAAAAGAGGAAAAAGAGGACCCAAAUGAAAAAAGUGAGGCAGACACUACGUCAUAUAAAUACCUCAGAGAAGAAGAUCUAGAGGAGGCACCCAAAGGGGGAUUAGAUAUUCUCAAGUCCCUUGAGAAUACUGUAUCCAGUGCCAUCAGCAAGGCCCAGACUGGCACACCUACAUGGGGUGGCUACCCCAGCAUCCAUGCAGCAUACCAGCUCCAGGGCGCCAUGAAGAACUCUACCGCUGUUCUACCCCCGACAGUUCAGAGUGUCCAAAUGCAGCCAAUGUUUAACAGUGGGCUUCGAGGCCUAGUGAGUGACCCGAACUCUGUCAUCAAUUCCCCCAGGAGCCCUUCCUCUCCCUCCCACCUCAGGAGCAACGUCACUGCCAUGGAAGAGCUGGUAGAGAAAGUGACGGGGAAAGCCGCCACUGUGAAGAAGGAGAAAGAGGAGAAGAUGGUGAGCCUGGACCGCUGCCGGCCCCCAUCUUCGACCAAGUCCCCUUCCCCUGCACUAAGGGAGCCCUUGGCUUCUCCAAAUGACCCCUCUGUUGUGACACAGCCCUUUGUGAGGAACAGCAGCCCUUGCAGUGUGGAGUCAGAGCUUGUCUGUAAGAAGGAGCCCAAAGAGAGCCUCAUUGAUGGCCACAACACCCACUUAAAGAAUGGCUCGGAGACCCGCCAAUCCCCAGUAACCAAUGGCAACAGUCUGGGUAUCAUUACAGAUCAUCCACCAGAGAGGCCUUUUAUCAACCCUCUCAGUGCACUCCAGUCAAUCAUGAACACACACCUGGGUAAAGCAUCUAAACCAGUUAGCUCAGCUGCCGACCCACUCUCCAUGCUCUACAAGAUCAGCAACAGCAUGAUGGACAAGCCGGCCUUCACUCCGACCCCUCAGGCCAAGCCAGCUGAGCCUAUCAACCGCUACCUGUUCUACGAGAGCAAUGACCAGCCCAUAGACUUAAGUAAAGCUAAGUCCACUGCUAACAGCAACAAUAACAAAAGCAGUAGUAAUGAACUGCUCAAUAGCAGUCCUGUAAAUGGUAACAAACCCCUCUCUCUCCCUGAAUCGGUGUCCUCUCCUCUGAGAGAGAAUGCUCUGAUGGACAUUUCUGACAUGGUGAAGAACCUCACUGGAAGGCUUACGCCCAAAUCCUCCACACCCUCCUCCAUCUCAGAGAAGUCUGACGCAGACGGCAGUACAUUUGAAGAUGCGCUGGAAGAUCUCUCCCCAGUGCAAAAAAGGAAAGGAAGGCAGUCAAACUGGAACCCCCAGCACCUCCUCAUCCUCCAGGCACAGUUUGCCUCCAGCCUGAGAGAAACGCCUGAGGGCCGCUAUGCCAUGACUGACCUAGGACCCCAGGAGAGGGUCCAUAUCUGCAAGUUCACAGGUCUCUCCAUGACUACCAUAUCCCAUUGGCUGGCCAACGUCAAGUACCAGUUAAGACGGACUGGGGGCACCAAAUUCCUGAAAAACAUGGACUCGUGCCAACCUGUGUUCCUCUGUGGUGACUGUGCCUCCCAGUUCAGGACUCCCUCCGCUUACAUCAGCCACCUGGAAUCUCACCUGGGCUUCAGCUUGAAGGACCUGUCCAAACUGUCAGCAGAGCACCUACGGGAGCAGCAGGCUGUUUCAAAGGUGAUCACAGACAAAAUUACAUUCAGCAGUCCCCUAUUAGGUUUGACCACACCAGAGGACGACACAGGCUCUGUGUACCAGUGCAGACUCUGCAAUCGGACAUUUGUCAGCAAACAUGCGGUCAAACUGCACCUUAGCAAGACCCACGGCAAGUCUCCAGAGGACCAUUUGGUGUUUGUCACCGCUUUGGAGAAACUGGAGAAGCUAGACAAGUUGGAGAAAAUUUAAAACGGGGUCUAGAGCUUGGGGAGACUGAUAGCUGUGGAACUGACCAGAUUUUCAUUGCACUACUAUAACAUUUUUGAGAGUUACUGCACUGGGCCGAAUUGGGCCAUCAGAAAAAGAAAAAAAAAAAGAAAAAAAAAGAAUCAGUCUUAUUAUUUUCGUUGUGAUAACUGCCUGACUGGACCAUGUUUUAUGUUAAUUUGUUUCUUUUUUGUCAAGCUUUUUUAUACUUAUUUUGUAAUAUAUUUAUAUGCUAUUUGUCUGAUAUGUGCAUGUAUUUUAGUGAAUCAAGGUUAAACACAAGAUUUUAAUCUUUUCAUGGCAAAAAACAACUACUGCAUCAAUGGUAAUUUAAGUUGUGUGUGAAAAAUGAAUGGGGGGAGGGAAAGAAAACUGUAUAAUACUUGAUAUGAAGAAGGUGAAAAUUAAAUGUAUACACCAAAAGAAUGGAAGAAUACCCUGAAAGACUGAAGUAGCACCUUAGACAGUUGAAUUUGUAAAGAGAACAUGUUUUGAAAUAUUCUGCAUUUGUCAAAAUCGGGUUGAAUUAAAGAGGUCAUGUAUGGUCAUUUCCCCCUCUUUUUUUAUGUUUUUUUUUUUUUUUUUUGUUCUGUCACUUCAAUGUUUGAUAAUGAAUGGCCUGCUCAAAAGUCUGUCAUUGUAGUAGAAAAUGAAAAUUUUGGAAAAACUUAGAUGCUGCUUCUGGUUACAAGUCAAUCAGUGAAAAUGAAUGGCCGUCAGUAUGCAAGUUUGCUCAAAACAACUUUUCUUGAUGUGAAGUAUCACCUUAUAGCAAUUUUCCAAUCGUAUUGUUUGUUCCAACUUUCUCUUUCUAGAAUCAUGUUGCUUUAUUCAACUGUAAAGAGAGCAGUCCGUUACGUGUAAAUGAUUAUCAGUGAAAUGUCAGUACUCCAUAAGACAUAUCUUAACAUUUGAAACAGCUCAACAUUCUUUGUAUCUUAAGUUGUGUGCAUUCUCUAAUUUUUAUAUUGUCAUUUUAUAUACAAAAAAUAAUAAAAAAGAAAAACAGAUGAUUGUACAUAGAUAUAUACUGGAGAGCUACAAAAUGUCUUCUUUUUUUUUUAAAGAAAAUACAAAUUUAGCUUCUUUGGCUUGGUUUACAGAAAUGAUUUUAAUUAUACUUGCAUCCAAUUUGAUGCAUGAUAUGGUGUGAAAAAUAAGCGAUGCACAAUGACUAUACAUUUCAAUGUUUUAUCAACAAUAUUGUAAAAAAAAAAAACUUUUUAGCACCAGUUAGUUUGUUUCAUUUCAUUUCUUUCUCAAUUGUAAAAUAAACCCUAAUGCAGUUGUU